AUGACAGGUGCCAUGAUGCUGCAGCACACGUUAUUACGACGGCUGCUGGUAUUCUGGCCACAUGCACGUGACAUGGACCCGAAGGAGCAGCAGCAGAUGGCGAACCGGCUGAUGCUGUUCGUGGCUCCCCCCACCAUGGUCACUCUAAGCGCGGCUUUCCUGUGCAGCGACGGCUUCACAGACCCGGAAGUUCGCUGGGCGAACGUGGCUUCAGGGCCUGCUACGACGGGUGAGUGGGCAGGCCGUGUCUUCGUCGGCUUCAACCUCUACGAGUUGGUCUUCUACGCCGCCUAUGGCAAGGGCGUGGCCUUUUGGCUGCACCACUUGGUGACAUUGGUGAUUUGCCUGCAUUGGCUCACACUACGCACGGCCACAUUCUGGGGAUGUGCAGUCAUUCUCAUGGAGAUCACUACGCCGUGCCUAGUCGCCACGCGGAUGAUGAAGGAAGCCGGCUGGACGAAGGAGCCGCUGUACAAGCUGGCAGUUAGCAGCUGCUGGGUUUGUUGGAUCGCCGUGCGAAUAUGCUUUGUGUUCGCCUUGAUCCUUGUCUAUUGUGUCGAUCUUUACCGUGGCUUGCCCGCCCACGUUCCAAUGCACUUCGCGCUCAUGAACGGGGUUUCUGUUCUUGGCCUCUUCGUUCUAUCCUGCAUCUGGUUCGUGUCCAUCACGAAGAUCUUCCUCAAAGUCGUGACCGGAAAGGAGAGAGCUGAAUGA